AUGUGGCGCGAAGUGAAUUACAGAGUUUGCCGGGGCUGCGCCUGUAUUGAGCACCUUUCCCUCGUUGCAAACCGCCGCUGUCACCUAUGCUCCGCGGUCUGCUCAUCUAACAAUAAUCAGCAUCAUCGUCAUGCGUCGAAAAUUUUUUUAUGCGGGAUGAGCUUCUCUAACAAAAAGACACUCCGCUUAGCACUUUUCACCAAUAAUACUACGCAGUGCCUUAAAAUUGCUGCUUCUACAGGCCUUCUGGCAGAAUAUCCUUCGAGCAUAUUUAUGAUGAAGUUCCUCACAACAAAUUUUAUUAAGUGUUCAGUACCUGCAUGCGACAAAAGCAAUGAUAACUUUCCGCUUCGCUACAUAGGCGACAAAUGUCAGCUUCAACAGGAUAACUCGAUUGAGUUCAACGCGGAAUUUCUUAUGCGCAUCCUCGACAGAGUCGAGUGGAAUGCAGUGGUGGCGGUGGCCGAAGACCUUGGUAAUAGUUCAUUACCAGAAGCUAAACCUCAGCUGCUUGUGAAUGGGAGUGAACUUUCAGAGGAAGACAUUACUAUCCUUCGGGACCUGCAUACCUUACUCAUGCAGACGAGCAUUGUGGAGGGUGAGAUGCAAUGUAGGAACUGCGGACAUAUAUACUACAUCAAAAACAGCAUUCCUAACCUUUUGCUUCCACCUCACCUGGCCUGA